CACAUCACCAAUCAGACUAAGCGCUAAUAUCACCAAUCAGAAGCGCCCCGCUGCAAUCCUCCAGCAGCUAUAAAAAAGGCGAAUGCGGAAGGAUUUCCUCAUUCUCUGUGAAGAAGUUUGCGGAAAUGACUGGACGUGGAAAAACUGGUGGCAAAGGUAAGAGCAAACCCAAGUCUCGCUCGUCCCGGGCCGGACUGCAGUUCCCGGUGGGCCGUGUUCACAGGCUCCUGAGGAAGGGCAACUAUGCUGAGCGGGUGGGUGCCGGAGCGCCGGUCUAUCUGGCUGCUGUGCUCGAGUAUCUGACGGCUGAAAUCCUCGAGCUGGCCGGCAACGCGGCCCGGGACAACAAGAAGACCCGCAUCAUCCCCAGACACCUGCAGCUGGCCGUCCGCAACGACGAGGAGCUCAACAAGCUGCUGGGAGGGGUGACCAUCGCUCAGGGCGGGGUGCUGCCCAAUAUCCAGGCCGUGCUGUUGCCCAAGAAAACCGGCGGAGCCACCAACCCCAAGAGCAAGUAAAUCGGCGAAACUUCAAUCGAACGACCCAAAGGCUCUUUUCAGAGCCACCCACAGUGUCUGUGGAAGGGCUGAGCACCGGCUGGGGCGAGUCCGGGGGAUUUCCGUUCCGUGUAUCUGCCGCAGACACCCCUCCCCACGGCUUGGUCCAAAGCGCUUUCCCGCCCCUGAAGCAAACCACCAUUUAUCUGCGCAGAGAGCGGUCUCCCUCAGCCCGGCCUCCCUCCCCGUCCCGAAUCCCCUCACAUUCCCGCAUCGGACAUUUUACUGAACUUGAGAUUCUCCCGCACUCUUCCCUGUCCUUGCUGGGGGACCGCAGGGCGGCGCUAAUGAUUGGUGGUGAAUCAUCUAAAAUCAUUGGUGGGAGGAACAGCCCCAUCAGAGAGCGGGCUCCUUCACCAAUGAACAGGCGACAGCAGCAGAAGCGCCAAAACUAACCGUCAGAUUCCAAAAUGAUGGGAAAUUUGAAAAGCCCGCCAAGAAGAAAAUAAUCUAUACAAACUCAAAAACACAAACACAUUACAGAUCUCUGUGUGAACAGGAUUCCGAUCCAGUUGCAACACAGACCCUGUAUGAAAUCGCUCCCAAUUAUGAGAGAAUUUAAUCUUUAAAUUCUGUCAACUGCUGACCGACCGGAACAAACGCUGAUUCACAACAGCCGGUUGAUUUCUUUGUGUAAAACGCAUCAGGUUAUGGACGGUUUUUCGCAAACUGCAGUCGGAAAAGACACUGCAGAGUUAGAAGUUGUUCUGUGAAAGGACCGUGAAACUGUUGUGGCCUCCAGUAGGAAGAAGAUUCAGGGCAGUUACACCACAGGGGAGCGCAGGUAAAACAUCGCAUUCACAGCAAUUAAACUACACCAACAGAAAUCGUGCAACCAUAUUGUGCACAUUAAUCCGCUCUCUGUGUAAAGAUUUGUGGGUGAAGUAUUUAAAGAUACAGACAAGCUGAAGGAGAAGGCGAGGGUAAAGUUCCCGUGUCAGUGCA